UACCCCCAGCCCCCCCCCCGUCUACCCGGCCCCCGGCUUUGGUCCGGGCCAAGAUGGCGAAGCUGCUGAGCUGUGUGCUGGGGCCGCGGCUGUACCGGGUCUAUCGAGAUCGGGGGCCGGCCAGGCCCCCCCGGGAUGGGGACGAGGCAGCCGAGGGGGCCCAGGAUGGUUCUUGGCAGGAGUCGUACUACCAGCCACGGACACUGGAGAAGCAUGCUGACAGCAUCCUGGCCUUGGCGUCGGUGCUCUGGUCUAUUUCCUAUUACACUUCCCCCCUGGCUAUGUUCUACUUGUACCGAAAAGGAUACCUGACUAUGUCGAAGGUGGUUCCUUUCUCUCACUACGCUGGGACCAUGCUGCUCCUUUUGGCCGGGGUCGCCUGCCUGAGAGGCAUCGGGCGCUGGGCCAACCCCCAGUACAUCCAGUUCAUCACCAUCCUGGAAGAUAGCCACCGCAUCGGCACCCCAGAAAUCAAGAAGAAACUCGCCAGCUACAACUUCGACUUCCGGAGCUGGCCCGUGGACUUCCGCUGGGACAAGGUCACUAGCCGGUCGGACUCCCGGGGCGUCUCGCUGCUGCGGCCGGAGCCCAAACACCGGAGCGCGGCCAACGGCUUCCUCCAUGCCAUCAAGAAGCUGCCCUGCCAGAUCGCCAGCUACAUCGUGGCGCACACCUUCGGGCGCAGGAUGCUGUAUCCCGGCUCCGUCUACCUGCUACAGAAAGCCGUCAUGCCCAUGCUGCUGCAGGGCCAGGCCCGCCUGGUGGAGGAGUACAACGGGAAACGAGCCAAGCUGUUAGCCUGUGACGGCAACGAGAUUGACACGAUGUUCGUGGACCGUCGGGAAAGCUCCGAGCCCCACGGCAAGAAACUGGUGAUCUGUUGUGAAGGCAACGCUGGAUUCUAUGAGGUUGGCUGCCUGCCUACCCCCCUGGAUGCUGGCUACUCGGUGCUCGGAUGGAACCACCCCGGCUUCGCUGGCAGCACGGGCAUCCCCCUGCCACAGAACGAGGCCAACGCCAUGGAUGUGGUGAUGCAAUACGCCAUCCACCAGCUGGGCUUCCUGCCCGAGGACAUCGUGGUGUACGCCUGGUCCAUCGGGGGCUUCACAGCCACGUGGGCGGCCAUGUCAUACCCAGACAUCAGCGCCCUGGUGCUGGAUGCCUCCUUUGACGACCUGGUCCCCCUGGCACUCAAGGUCAUGCCAGAGAGCUGCAGAGGCUUAGUCACCAGGACGGUGAGGCAAUACUUGAACCUGAACAACGGCGAGCAGCUUUGCAGAUACCAGGGGCCCGUGUUGCUGGUCAGAAGAACAAAGGAUGAAAUUAUCACAACCACAGUCCCGGAAGAUAUCAUGUCAAACAGGGGGAAUGACCUGCUGCUGAAACUCCUCCAGCACCGGUACCCCAAGGUGAUGGCCGAGGAGGGGGUGCGAGUCGUUCGGGAAUGGCUAGAGGCUUCUAAUGCUGUGGAGGAAGCCUCUGUGUACAGCUCCUACGAGGUGGAUGAGGACUGGUGCCUGUCCGUGCUGAACUCCUACCAGGCCGAGCACGGCCGCCGCUUCCCAUGGAGCAUGGGGGAGGACAUGAUGCCCGAGGGGCGACGGCAGCUGGCCCUGUUCCUGGCCCGGAAGCACCUGCAGAACUUCGAGGCGACACACUGCACCCCACUGCCCCCCCCAGCCUUCCGUUUGCCCUGGCACUUGUAGCCAGGGGGCCCCCCCAUCAUGCCCAUCAAUUGCACUGACACCCCACUCCCCCGUUGGUCUGUUUUAUAUGGAGCCGGGUGCCCCCCUCCCUGCUGUGUGUGAGCCCCCCACCGCACGCUGUAAAUCCGCCCCCACCCCCAAACCUGGGGGCCCCCCGAGCUGGAGAAACUAACAGUAAAGAAGGUAUUUUUUGUACUUGGGGUCUGUGUGCCUGCGGCGAUGCAGCCAGCUCUGAGGGGCAGCCCCCCUAUGCCUGGAUCCUCGGCCCAGCCAUCAGGGGGCCCUGGCCCACAGUGGCUCCACUUUCCUCCAGCAGGGGGCAACCCCUCGUUCCCAGGCCUGCCGGGGUGGGCAGAGAUGGGGAGGGGUCGGUGCCUAACGUUCAUCCUGGCAGCUGCUUCAAUGCGGCUGUGCAGGGGCUGGGGAACUCCCAGCUACUGGAUGUGGGGCCAGAUGAUCUCCCAGGGCGGCUGGGCCUGUCCCAUGGGGCCUCUUCUCCGCUAUGGUGCUGAGCCCCCUUCACCGGGGGUCGCCCACUUACGCCCCUCGUUAGCCGACGGAGCUCUCUCCCGCACGCCAAGGCCUUAAUUAACCUGUGGGCCCCUGAGCACCAGGCUCUGAUCAAACCAGGCUGGGGAGGCUCCCCUGUGACCAGUCGUUAACCUGGGGAACUCACUGCCACUAGCUGCAGCCUGGAAUUAGAAACCCGCCACCGUUUCCUUUCCAGUUAAAACGACCUGAGCGCUGGUCUCUGGAGACGGGCGGGCGCCUCAUUCGCCUGCCCCACAAUGAAAGGACGGGCUCCCAGAGGCAGCUGUCAGAACUCACUGCCCUCUGUCAACAGGGCAGGAGUAGCUGGGGCAGUAGGGAGCAUUUCAGCCCUGAGGGGCAGCUUGGUAGGGGGGGCAUCUGCAGGCACGAACAGCAGGGAAGUGACCAUCAGUAGGUUUCAGAGUGAACGCUGUGGGGACCGGCUGGCUCAGGCUCCCGGCAGACCCGGGUGCGGCUGGGCUGGUGGAAGUCUGGGCUGCCGUGAUAAGGGCCCCGGCCCCUGACUCAGCCCUGGAGGUGCCAACCAUGACGGCUCCCCCCAUUUCCCCCCUGCCCCUGUCAGUUCCUGCCCUGGAGCGAGAUGCGGACCCUGGCGGGGAGACGCCCUGAACCGAUGGGCUCGACCGUCUGGGUCCUGCUGGCCCUGCUGGUGCCCAGCCUGCUGUGGGGCUGUCGGAACAACCUCACCGUCUCCUCCAACCGGACCUCCCCCUUGGCCCUGACCCUCCGCUGCCGCCGCUGCCCCCUGCUGGCCGGCCCGGCCUCCUUCCGCUGGUUCCUCAAAUCCCGGCCCCUGGGCUACCAAGCGGGAGCGGGGGGCUACCGUGCAGCUGGACCCGUCCCGGCGGGCGGCCUGGGGGCGCUGGGAAUGUCGCCUCGGCGCCGCCUCUGGCGGCUUUGAGUUCUGCGUGGAGCCUCCCCUCAGGGCAGGGGGCCCAGGCCCCGGCUCUCAGUGGGGGAUCUGGGUCGCGGCGGCGGCUCUGGGUCUGAUCGGGGCAGGGUUGGGCGCUUGGUGCCUGUGGAGACGGAGGCGGGGCAGG